AUGCAGCGCCAGCGCCAAAUGCGCAAGAAGCAGAAUCCAGACCUUGCGGCGGGGCUCAAUAACCUCGGAGAAGCACUGGCGAGUGGACUCAUUGAGGCAGCCAAGGUGAAGAACUCCCGCAGCUCUGGCGUGGAUAUGUCAGAACAAAUGACAAAGCUAUUGGAUCUUAUGGAGGAAACGAAAUCCAGCAUCGAUAAAACCAAUGACGUCAACGACAAAAUGCUCCAGUUUCUCCAGGGUAUAUUCUAA